CCGCUUCUGCAGCCUGAUUUGCUGGGAGGCUGCCAGCAGCCCUGCCAUCUCCUCCUCUCUGCAGGCAGCUCGCAGGCAGCUCUGCCCCGUUCUCUGCUCAUCGCCUGUGUCUCCGGUGACAAAAUGACCCGCUGGAGGACAGGGACACAGGUCUGACUCCUGGACAUUCAUGGAGCACAGGAGCUGGUGAUGUGGCCGAAGGAUGCUGCAGGGAAGGAUGGAGACGUUCAGGACCUUCCAGCCUAGGAACAGGAGAGAGGAGGCUGAGGGGGGCAAGACACAGCAGCCAUGGCAGCGCGUGGCCGGUGCACCAGGGUGCUCCCCUCUGAACUGAACAAGGUGUGCCCUGAGAGAGGAGAUGACCCUGCCACUCACCCCAGGAGGAUGAGCGACUUCGAGGUGGUCCCCAACCUCCAGCAGAGCAGCAGCAGUGUCUCGAAGAGCAGACGGAAGGCACAUUUCCCCAGCGGCAGCAAUGAAAAGGAAAAUCUCAUCUCGUGGAUUCCUGAAAACAUCCGGAAGAAAGAGUGCACCUACUUUGUUGAAAGCUCGCAGACGUCAGAUUCUGGGAGGGUUGUGUGCGAGUGCGGCUAUCUCAGGGAACAGCACCUGGAAGAUGCUGCCAAACCUCCCAUCUUCCUGGGGAAGGAAUGGGAUGCCAGCAGGCACAUCCAGGAAAUGCCAACAGAUGCCUUCGGUGAUAUCCACUUCACGGGCCUGGGACAGAAGAUGGGGAAGUACGUGCGUGUCUCCUCAGAUACCCCUCCACGCGUCAUCUACCACCUCAUGACACAGCACUGGGGCCUUGAUGCACCCAACCUGCUCAUCUCAGUCACUGGGGGAGCCAAAAACUUCAUCAUGAAGCCAAGGCUGAAGAACAUCUUCCGGCAAGGGCUGGUCAAAGUGGCCCAGACCACUGGAGCCUGGAUCAUCACGGGGGGGUCCCACGCCGGUGUGAUGAAACAGGUGGGAGAGGCAGUGCGAGACUUCAUCCUGAGCUGCAGCCACAAGGAAGGCGACAUUGUCACCAUUGGCAUAGCCACCUGGGGAACCGUGUACAACCGGGAGAGCCUCAUCUGCCCCAUGGGUGGCUUUCCAGCCGAGUACAUGCUGGAUGAGGAGAACCAAGGCAGCCUGUCAUGCCUGGACAGCAACCACUCCCACUUCAUCCUGGUGGACGAUGGGACCCACGGGAGGUAUGGGGUGGAAAUCCCACUAAGGACCAAGCUGGAGAAGUUCAUUUCGGAGCAGACCAAGGUGAAAGGAGGCGUUGCUAUCAAGAUCCCCAUUGUGUGUGUGGUGCUGGAAGGAGGCCCUGGGACACUUGAUACCAUCUACAAUGCCAUCACCAACGGGACCCCCUGUGUGAUUGUGGAAGGGUCUGGGCGUGUGGCUGAUGUCAUUGCACAGGUGGCCAGCUUGCCUGUGCCCAAGAUAACCAUUGCCUUGAUCCAGAAGAAGCUGAGCAUGUUCUUCCCUGACACCUAUGAGCUCUUCACUGAGGGCAAGCUGGUGGAGUGGACCAAGAAAAUCCAAGACAUAGUGCGGAGCCGGCAGCUCCUGACCAUUUUCAGAGAGGGCAAAUGUGGCCAGCAGGAUGUGGAUGUGGCCAUCCUCCAGGCCCUGUUCAAAGCAUCCAGAAACCAGGACCACUUUGGUCGUGAGAACUGGGACCACCAGCUGAAAUUAGCUGUGGCAUGGAACAGGGUGGACAUUGCUCGGAGUGAGAUCUUCACGGAUGACCAUGAGUGGAAGCCCACAGAUCUCCACCCCGUGAUGGCAGCUGCCCUGAUCUCCAACAAGCCAGAGUUUGUGAAGCUGUUCCUGGAGCAGGGCGUGCGUCUCAAGGAGUUUGUCACCUGGGACACCCUGGUUUACCUCUACGACAACAUGGCACCAUCCUGCCUGUUUCACAGCAAGCUGCAGAAGGUCCUGCUGGAGGAGAGAGAGCACGCAGCUGGCUCCAAAAUGCCAAAAAUCCAACUGCACCAUGUCUCCCAGGUGCUGCGGGAGCUGCUGGGCUGCUCCACACAGCCUCUCUACCCCAAGCCCAAGCACGUGGAGCGGCCCCGGCUCUCCAUCCCUGUCCCGCACAUCAAGCUGAAUGUUCAGGGGUCAAGUCUCCGGUCCCUCUACAAGCGCUCUGCCGGCCGAGUCACCUUCACCAUGGACCCAGUCCGAGACCUGCUCAUCUGGGCUGUGGUCCAGAACCGCAAGGAGCUGGCAGAAAUCAUCUGGGCCCAGAGCCAGGACUGCAUGGCUGCCGCGCUGGCCUGCAGCAAAAUCCUGAAGGAGCUCGCCAAGGAGGAGGAAGACACCGACACCACCGAUGCCAUGCUGGCCCUGGCUGAGCAGUACGAGCAGAAGGCGAUCGGCGUGUUCACAGACUGCUACCGCAAGGAUGAAGAGAGAGCCCAGAAGCUUCUCACCCGUGUCUCUGAGGCCUGGGGGAAGACAACCUGUCUGCAGUUGGCACUGGAGGCCAAAAACAUGAAUUUUGUGUCCCAUGGGGGUGUCCAGGCCUUUCUAACCAAAGUCUGGUGGGGAAAGAUGUGCGUGGACAAUGGGAUUUGGCGGGUGAUCGCAUGCAUGCUGUUCUUCCCACUUCUCUGCACCAGCCUUAUCACCUUCAGGGAGAAGAGGCUGCAGCCCAUGGGCUGCAUGAUGCGCCUCCGAGCCUUCUUCACAGCACCCAUCGUCAUCUUCCUCAUGAACAUCCUCUCUUACUUCACCUUUCUCCUGCUCUUUGCCUACGUCUUGAUGGUUGACUUCCAGCCACUGCCGUCCUGGCGGGAGUACCUCAUCUACUUCUGGCUCUUCUCCCUGGUGUGCGAGGAGACCCGCCAGCUCUUGUAUGAUCCAGAUGGGUUUGGCGUUGUGAAAAUGGCUUCCCUGUAUUUCAAGGACUUCUGGAAUAAGCUAGAUAUCUGCGCCAUCCUCAUCUUUAUCACAGGGCUGACUUGCAGGCUGAUUCCAUCAACGUUAUACCCCGGGCGCAUCAUACUGUCACUGGCUUUUAUAAUUUUCUGCCUGCGUCUGAUGCACAUUUUCACAGUCAGUAAAACGCUGGGGCCCAAGAUCAUCAUUGUGAAGCGCAUGAUGAAGGACGUCUUCUUCUUCCUCUUCCUGCUAGCAGUGUGGGUGGUGUCCUUCGGCGUCGCCAAGCAGGCCAUCCUGAUCCACAAUGAGGAACGUGUGGAGUGGCUUUUCCGUGGCGUGGUCUACCACUCUUACCUGACCAUCUUCGGGCAGAUUCCCUCCUACAUUGAUGGGGUCAACUUCAACAUUGACCAGUGCAGCCCCAAUGGGACCGACCCCUACAAGCCCAAGUGCCCAGAGACAAAUGAGGACAACAAGAAACCCAUCUUCCCAGAGUGGCUGACGGUCAUCUUACUGUGCCUGUACCUGCUCUUCACCAACAUCCUCCUUCUCAACCUCCUCAUUGCCAUGUUCAACUACACCUUCCAGCAGGUCCAGGCUCACACAGACCAGAUCUGGAAGUUCCAGCGGCACGACCUGAUUGAGGAGUACCACGGCCGCCCACCUGCGCCUCCACCCUUCAUUCUCCUCAACCACCUGCAGAUCCUGGUCCGGCGAGGCUUGCUCCGCAGGCCGGCCACGCGCCACAAACAGCUCAAAGAGAAGCUGGAGAAGAACGAGGAAGCUGCCCUCCUCUCCUGGGAGAUGUACCUGAAGGAGAGCUAUCUGCAGCACCAGCAGUGCCAGGAGAAGCAGAACACAGAGCAGAAGAUCCAAGACAUCGCACAGAGGGUUGAUGUCCUGGCAGAGCUGCUGGACUUGGACCGGGUGAAGAGGACAGGGCUGGUGGAGCAGAGGCUGGUCUCUCUGGAAGACCAGGUGCAUCAGAGCGCCCAGGCCCUGAGGUGGAUAAUGCAGGCGCUGCAGGGCAAUGGCUUUGGCUCAGGCGAGGACAUGCCGCCCGUGGGCUCCAGCAAAGCCCUGGAGACAAAAGCCUUUGACCUGGAGAGGAAACUUGAGGAGACCCAGCCCCUGCACCACGUGCUUGCCCGAAACCUCCUGUAUCCAGGGUCUCACACACACCGUUUCCCUGUGCCGGAUGAGAAGGUUCCCUGGGAGGUGGAUUUCCCACUCUACGACCCUCCUGCCUACUCAGCAGACCACAAGGACAUGGCUGUGCAGGACCCGUUCAGCCUGUCCUUGGAGUCUCUCCUGAAGAUCAACUACAACACCAUGGACGGGCUGAUCGACCGGCAGAGCUUCCACGGCCUCUACACCGUGCAGGACGGGCUGCCGCUGAACCCCAUGGGCAGGACGGGACUGCGAGGCCGUGGGCGGCUGCACUGCUUUGGGCCCAACCACGCUCUGCACCCUGUUGUGACACGCUGGAGGAGGAAUUUGGAUGGAUCCAUUAUAAGGAAGAGCCUGAAGAAGAUGCUGGAAGUCCUAGUAGCUCAGUACCCGCUGUCAGAAGUCUGGGCUCUGCCUGGGGGGUCACUGGAGCCGGGCGAGACGCUCCCACUGAAGCUCAAGUGGAUCCUGCGCCGGGAGUUCUGGCCCCAGUUCCAGAACUUGCUGAAACAAGGCACUGAGAUACACAAGGGGUACUUUGACGAUCCCCGCAACACAGAUAAUGCCUGGGUCGAGACGGUUGCUGUCAGUGUGCACUUCGACAACCAGAACGACGUGGAGAUGAAGCGGCUGAAUUCGUUCCUUCAGGGCUGCGACCCGGAGCUGUGCAUCCGCUGGCAGGUGCUGGACAAGAGGAUCCCCCUGCACGCCAACCACAAGAUGCUCCUGCACAAGGUCUCGACCCUCCUUGGCGCCUACUACUGAGUCCUCAAGCACAGGCCAGGGCUCCUGCUACCGCAGAGCAGGUUCUGGUUGGGACCUGCAGCUCUACCCCAGCUCACCUGUGAGACCAUGGGCAGCUACUGGAGACUAGGUACUUUGGUUGCCUCCAUGAAUAUAUGUUUCAGGUCUCUGGGAGGAAAACCAUUCCCUUCCCAGCAGCCAGGAGCAGGGGCUGCCUGGACAGAGCCUACACAGCAUCCCAGCCACCUGAGCCACAGGGCUCAGCCCCAGCUUAUGUCUUGGUGUGUCCGCAUCAGCCGCAGCACUAGCCCAGGGCUGGGGCCACGCAGAGCCACAGGGCUGUUCCUGCAAGGUGUUCCUUCUCUCAGCUCCACCCUGCUCUUUACUUUGCUGUGGGCACUGAGGACCUGCCAGCCCCAGCUCCUCUUCCACCUGGGAUAUCCAUCAGGCAGCUCUGCUCCCCUGCUCCUGCUCUGAGCCCCGGCAGCCCCACUGCCACAGCUCUGGGAGGACUGCUCUGGAGAAGGCUUGGGGUCUUUUGCACCUAGAGGCCCUGACUGCCCUGCAAGUCGCUCCCGUGGCAGCUGUCCCCAUAACUCUGGUUGUCUCAGACCCAACAACAUGGUCCUGAGCUAUGACCCAGCAAUUCUGAAGGUGUGAGCAGCUCUUGGCUUAUAUACCUAUGGUUUCAUAGCUCUGCACAGGUCCACUUGCUGUGUCCCAUACUGUUACGUGAUCCUGCGCGUGCAUGCUGAGCACCACCUUGUAACUGAACUCCUUCCCUCUGUCUGAGCCAAGGCACCAGCUAAAUGUCACCUGCCUGCCCCUGUCCCCUUGUGCACAUGGAUGGAAAGGGGCAGCUUGCUGGGACCCAGGUGAUCCAUGUGCUGCGGUCCCUUGGUAGGGACAGGAGCGAUGACAUCAGUGUGUCCAUCCCAGGCAUCUCUGCUCUUAUGGGGUCCUUUGCUCACCUUGGCUGUUGCCUGCUACAGGGAGAACAAGGCGGAGUGGAGGCAUUUCUUGACAAUAGCCCAGAACAGCCCCACAUGUCAUGGCAUGUUGUGCCCAGGACUGCUUGGGGGGGAUGGGGGGGUGUGGGGGGUUUGGGGGUGAAUUUCAGUGCCCCCCACCUCUCCUGAUGGAUCAGGCACUGGACAGCUGGGACUGCUCUUCCCACACUGGUGGCCACCACAGCGCAACUGCAAUUUCACCAGUGAUGCACUGGGGCUUGGUGUGGGGGUGGGAUGCCAGACUGGCAAUUUAGUCAACCCAAUUCAAUAAACCAU